AUGACUACCUAUCAAUUGACCAAUUCUCAAGCGACUUUUCUUUUAAUUGUCCUUAAAUUGUCCACCUUUCAAUCUUCGGCUGUUGGGCACGCAUGUCGUCCUAUUCGUGGGUCUGUCUCUUUUUGCGCCACCAAUGGAUACCUUCUUCCUAGCUCAACAAAAUUCUUCAAAAAUCUUGCUUGCCUAACUGUUUUGAUCCAUACCUUUCAGCCUUUCUCAGAUACCUGUUGGCAUUAUCGCUUUAAGAUCAGCUUGAAUCGGCAGUCAGCAAAUAGCUUACAGCAUCAAUAUCACCCAGGUCGUUGUCAAGACGAAAGUAAAGAAGUAAAGAACUAUCGUUCAAAAAUUUUAAGUGUCUACUGGACCCUUCCACAAUCAUCUAAAAUAAUCUGA